AUGGCCCCGGAUGACCCCGAGCCUCCUGUUCUCACUCCGCCUCCUGUAGCUCCUACUCCACCUGAAGGGAAGCCUCAAACAUCUGUUGAAAUCACUGAAGAAGGCGAAGGAGGAGCUGCUGCGGAUUCUACUAGCCAAACUUCCCAAGCACCAGGAAUUGGCGGUAGCAUCACCUCUAGGCUCUUCACUGUAGGGAAUUUCUUCACUUCGGGCGCCUCUACAAUCGUCAACCCCGCUGUCGACGCUAGCAAGUACAGUGCAGAACUCAUACAAAACGCCAGCUCCACUGGCUUCUCGAUCGGUCGGCAAGUAGCUGAGACGGGUCUCAAUGUCACAGCGAACGUUGUUACUGGUACCGCAGAUCUUGCCGGGACGGCGGUGGAUGGUGUCAUUGUUCUCGCAGCUAACACGAGUGGGAGGGUCUUCGAACCCAUCGCGAGCGGGUUGAAGGCUAUCGAUGGAUUGCAAUUCAUUAAUGAGGGUUUGGAGAAGGUCAAUGGAUUGCCUCUCGCCGCUGUCAAGCAAGUCGGGACUUGGACUGUCCAAGCAAUGAACAAGAGUGGUGUUACACCAACAUUCUUCGAUACAAACGGUGACGGCGUCGUAUCUCUCGAUGACACCAUUCGGGGGUUGAUUGUGCUCGGCCUUGAAGAUAAAUAUGCUCGAUAUGCGGGUUAUGCUCUCCAUACUGUAUUUAGUUACCCAACUUCGGACUCAUGGAUGCCGUCAGCGAAUAUUAAUCUCCCAAUCCAUGUGAAUAAGCUGAGUAACACGCCAUGGGGAAGGAAUUGGGGCUCCUACGAACGUAUUGAAUGGUGCCAAGAUAUCGACACUGAGCAGUUUUUUAUGUAUGCACUGACCACCAACGAAGCUUCAGGCCCCGAAACAUGGAAGGAGACAUUUACUAAAGGCCGUCAAUAUUUUGGCAUCUUACUACUGAUAUUUGAAUGGGGGACAACAUGGCCCUUCUGCAUGCCGCCGGUACCACCUUGCGAAAUGCCUUACAAGGGCGACAUCGGCCGUGUAGUGCGAACUUUAGUUCUUCCAACAAUUUUAUCGAAUUACCAACGUUCGCGGGAAGGUGGAGCGAAAACUCCAAUCAGCUCUUCUAAUGAUGUACCGCCGACGGAAGUCAAUAGUGCUUGA